UCCACAUGGAAGCCUUGGGUUUCUCAUUAACUCCAGAGGUGAUAUAGUCCCAUCCCUUGGAGCACCAGCCACCUUUGCUGAUUCCUCUCGCCUCCAUCCCAGCCCUGCUGUCCCUCCUUCACUGCCGAAGCUCCUGCCUUGCUCCAGAGCCCAGGACAGUGACUGCUCCUGGGAGGACAGUAGAGGACCUGCAGGAUGGACAAGAAAAACAAAAUGCAAACAGAGAAGCACCUCACAGGAACGCUGAUCCUCUCCGUCUUCACUGCAGUGUUGGGCUUCUUCCAGUAUGGCUACAGCUUGGGUGUCAUUAAUGCCCCCCAGAAGGUGAUAGAAGCCCACUACGGGCGCGUGUUGGGCAUCGCCCCCCUGGACAGAAUUGCCACCAACACCUCCGGGGAGGAUGGCACUGUCCCUGUCCCCAGCACGGAGCCCUGGGGCAGCACUGAGGGCACACUGGCACCCAGAGCCCACCCCGGCGAGGACCUUGGGGCCUCCCAGCACAUCCUCACCAUGUACUGGUCCCUCUCUGUCUCCAUGUUUGCCGUCGGUGGGAUGGUCUCCUCUUUCACCGUGGGCUGGAUCGGUGACCGGCUGGGGAGGGUGAAAGCCAUGCUGGUGGUGAACGUCCUCUCCAUCGCCGGGAACCUGCUCAUGGGGCUGGCGAAAUUCGGGCCGUCCCACCUGCUGAUCAUCGCCGGGCGAGCAGUGACGGGGCUGUACUGCGGGCUCUCCUCUGGACUCGUGCCCAUGUACGUCAGUGAGGUCUCUCCCACGGCCCUUCGAGGAGCGCUGGGGACGUUGCACCAACUUGCCAUCGUCACAGGAAUCCUCAUCAGUCAGGUCCUUGGACUAGACUUUCUCCUGGGCAAUGAUGAGAUGUGGCCCCUGCUCCUCGGUCUGUCUGGUGUGGCUGCUCUCCUGCAGUUCUUCCUGCUCUUACUCUGCCCUGAGAGCCCCCGAUACCUUUACAUCAAACUGGGGAAGGUGGAAGAAGCUAAAAAAAGUUUGAAAAGGCUCAGAGGAAACUGUGACCCAAUGAAAGAGAUUGCUGAGAUGGAGAAGGAAAAGCAAGAAGCUGCUAGUGAAAAGAAAGUCUCCAUAAGGCAACUUUUCACCUCUUCAAAGUACAAGCAGGCUGUCAUUGUGGCUCUGAUGGUGCAGAUAUCUCAGCAGUUCUCAGGGAUCAACGCAAUCUUUUACUACUCUACAAACAUUUUUGAGAGGGCUGGAGUUGACCAGCCAGUUUAUGCAACCAUUGGCGUUGGAGUGGUGAACACAGUCUUCACAGUCAUCUCGGUCUUCCUGGUGGAGAAGGCAGGCAGGCGGUCCCUGUUCCUGGCUGGUUUGAUGGGCAUGUUGAUAAGUGCUGUGGCCAUGACGGUUGGACUUGUGCUCCUGAGCCAGUUUGCCUGGAUGAGCUAUGUCAGCAUGGUCGCCAUCUUCCUCUUCGUCAUCUUCUUUGAGGUUGGGCCUGGGCCCAUCCCCUGGUUCAUCGUGGCCGAGCUGUUCAGCCAGGGCCCCCGUCCCGCCGCCAUCGCCGUCGCCGGCUUCUGCAACUGGGCCUGCAACUUCAUCGUGGGAAUGUGUUUCCAGUACAUAGCGGAUCUGUGUGGACCGUACGUGUUCGUGAUCUUCGCGGCUCUGCUUCUGGUCUUCCUUCUGUUUGCGUACUUCAAAGUCCCGGAGACGAAAGGAAAGUCCUUUGAGGAGAUCGCCGCCGCGUUCCGCCGCAAGAAGCUCCCAGCCAAGUCCAUAACGGAGCUGGAGGACCUGCGAGGCAGCGAGGCGUAGACACGGCCACGCACCCAGCAAGGAGGGGCUGAGCACGGAGCUCCUGCAGGUGCCGUGGGAAGAACGUUGGGCUGAAGUCUCCUUUCACAAUGACCGUGCAGCUGGCAGAGCAGGGGGAGCCACCCAUCGGGCACCUUCUGGCUGCUGCGGCUCACACCGCCCAGACACAGGUGCUGCCCUGGCAUUGUACUCUGAAAUAGUCAGUAGGACUGGGCUGCAGGAAGAGCUGGGGAAAGGAGGGGAGGUAUAUGUUACAUGUGUGUCUCCAUGCCCCAGUGGAAGAGCCCAGUGCGUUGAUGAUCUUCCUGCUUGGCAAAGCAUGACACUGAGCAGGGCCGUCCCUCAGCUGGGAUGAAGGAAAGAGGGGCUGGGUGAUGCUCUCACCUCCUGCUUUUAUCUUUUUGUCCCAUGCUUCCUGCUUCCUUCUGCUGAGUGAUCAGAUGCCUUGAGAAACCAACUGCUAGUGCAGUUGUGCUGCCAGCACACGGCACUGAUCACCUGAGGUGCUAAGGAAAACAGACUGAGCAAAUUCCCCCUUACUCUUGCCUGUGCAGAGGAAGAAGAUGGAUCCCCCCUGAAUUAGUUGGGAUGCACCUUGUUUGCUUUGCUGCCCAUGCCUUGUGGAGAUUGAGGGUUACAGAGCACUGGAACAGGCUCCCCAGAGAGGCUGUGGAGUCUCCUUCUCUGGAGACUUUCAAGACCUGUCUGGAUGCCUUUCUGAGGGAUCUGUCCUAGUUGUGUGUGUUUUUUUGGUCCUGCUCCAGCAGGGGGGUUGGACUCAAUGAUCUUCGGAGGUCCCUUCCAAUCCCUAAUAUCCUGUGAUUCUGUGAAAUGCUGCUCAAUCUCAUAAGGAUUUCUCAAGUCAUGGCAUUUUUUAGGAGAAGCUGAGAAACUCGGGCUGGGCUGGUGUGCAAUUUUUUUCUUUUGCUUCAGCCAGACUAUUUACCCCCUCUGUCCUCCUAGGAAGCCUUUCCUCCCUCCUUUUUAUCCCUGCUGCAGCACAAGAUACAGCAAAUCAUUGACCACACAAGGGGCUCAGGCACUCCCAGCCGGGUCAGGAGACUUGAGUCUUGCUGCCAUCCCUCCCAGGGAGUCACCACCACCAGGUCACCUCUCACUGCUUCUCCUUCCCACCCUUUGUGUCUGCCUUCCCUUCCUUCUGCACGAUGCUUAGACCCACGGCUCCAGCUUCAGCCCAGGCCUUGGGCUGCCCGUGCCGUGACAAUUAAUGAAAGCCCAAAGGGGAAACAGGUAUUGCAGCCUUAACUGGAAGGUGCUCUGCUGGUCUGACCCUCCCUUUGCACCACUUAUGAGUUUGCUGGCUGGAUGUGCUCCAGCCAAGAUAGCAUUUGGGCAGGAGGUUGUAUUGUUCCUAUAACCUUGUUUGUGCUCAUGUUGUUUCUUUAUGAGACCCUGCUAUGUGACACAAUCAAACUGCACAGAUUCUUCUUCCUUUUUGGGAGAGAUGUUGGAAUCAUUGUAAAAGCCCACUCUCUGUUUGCUUGAGUCUUUAAGAUUUGCAUGUUCCUUGUUGUGCUACCAGGCUACUUAUUAGCAAUUUUCUCGGGAUAGAAACCCAUUAUUUAUGUAUAGAUGAAACACCAGCAGUGCUUGGUCACUGUGAGCUCGUUGUGACUGCCAGUGAAGCUGUGACCACAGUGUGACAGCGGAUGGAACUCAGUAAAAAGCAUGAGAAUAGGUGGGCCAAGGAGGACUGCAGCUGCUGCUGUGGGUUUGACUUUAGGGAAGGUUGCUGCUCCAUUCCAUGUGCCUGAAAUCCUUUGUAGACUUUACUGUCUUGUUAAGACCCUAAAGCAAAUUCUGGGAAGUGACUGGAAGUGUAGCCACAGGGUCCACUGGGCCUCUGGCCAUGGUCUGUGAUAGGAACCAAUGAGAUUGCUCCAAAGGCUUUCCUGGAGUGUCUGCUGGGUUUUCACUAGAGAAGAACUGGGUCAAUGCUGCCAUGUGCUGCAGCAGUGGUGGACCUGGGGCUGACACAGGCACCCAGGGCAUAUGGAACCAGAGGCCAGGUUGCCGUGCACAGAAGACAGCAGCAGGGCUGGGGCACAGGCUCUGGGUCAAAUGCUUGGUCUGUGUGCUGUGAGCAGGUCUCCUCAGCCAAGACUAGCAUGGCAGGCUCAGCUCUCACUGGUGUCUCCUGCAGUUAGUUAAAUAUUAUAAUGGAUUGCCUGAAUGUCAAAUAAGAGGGGAAAAAAAAAAAAAAAAAAGAGACGGGUUCUUGCUUUCAGCAAUGUUAUCCAUGUCUGUUACAUAAAGGUGACAAUGAACAAUGUCUACAGCA